GUGGGAGAGGGUACGGCCUCAGUAUGAGCUCAGUACCAUCAUUUGACGAUCGUUCCUCUGACCUUCGUAAGGAAGCUGGAAAUACUUCGAAGAAUUUUCAGAAAACAGAAGAUACUGUAAACGAUGAAGACGCUUUAAAAGCACUUCAGCUUUUGACGCAACCACCUUCUUGGGAGAAAUAUAUAAAAAAUUUGCUUCCUAUACUUUUGCUAUUAAACUUUGCACUUCUAGUUGCUGGUGUAGGAUCUUAUCCGUGGGUUACGUGGGUCGGGCCCAUCCCUCCUAGCGGAACUGUCCCGGUGAGCAACGGCUUAUGGUCUUACUGCUCAAGAGAUCAAAGUAACAAUGGAAAGCAAACUUGCUCCCGCAUUACUCUGGAUUGCCUCUCUUACAGCUGCCGCACGGAAUGCCUCGGGACAUGUGAGACUAUAUGUAAACUCAGGCUCAUCCCUUAUAUAAGUAAUUGCACGUACUACAAUACUUUCAAGUAUUUCUGCUUGUCGAUCUCUAUGUUUUCCGGAAUUUCUGGUUUAGUGUAUGCGUUCGCCUGCUAUCGCGAGUAUAAUGGCAAAGUCGGAAUGCUGUGUGCCUUCAUUGAGAUGCUGGCGGCUCUUUUAGGAAUAUUUCCGGUUACAGUCUUUUUACGAAGCGUAAUGGAUCAGGAUAAUCACCAAUUUUUUAAGACUGGCGUCGGCUUUUAUCUUUUUAUAUUCGGAUGGAUACUAUCUAUAGGCUGCUCGGUAGCCACCGUCCUUCUCUUUGCGCCAAAGUUUGUGGUCCGCAAAAAAAAAAUUGCAAAGAUUCUCUAAAGGAGAAAAUGGAUGGAGCCCAAAUAAAUUCGCUACUCACUUUUUUUUAA